AUGAGCAGUUGGAAAGCAGGAUUAUGCGAUUGCACUAAAGCUCUACCAGUUUGCUGCAUUUCUUGCAUUGCAACUAGUGCAAUUACUCAAGGGCUUACAGCAAACAAAAUGUAUGAUGAAUGUGGAGGCUGGUUUUUCUGUAUCGCGUGCAUUUUAGGUCCAAUAGGAUGUGCAAUGAAUCGAAGGGAAUUUCGAAAUGAAUAUAAUAUUGAGGGCUCAUUUGCUAACGACUGUUUAAUGUAUUGCUGCUGUAUGGGUGUUUGCUUAUCAACACAAGAAUUUAGAGAAGUUCAUUUUCGUACCCUAUCAAAGCAUAAACAAACAGAAAAACCAGAGGAAAAAGAAAUAUAA